AUGGACUCGCCAGCGCACGAGCAGACAAGGCAGUUCGUUCAGCAGAGCGGUGCGGCCAUCUUCAUGCUGGACGGCGAACGAGGCUCGGGCAGGUCGCAAUUGUGCGCCAAGCAAGCGGACGGACGUUUGGACUGCAGGGAGAUCGCCCUGGAAGCCAAGUCGCUCUUCUCGACAAUGCAGAGCCUCAACUUCUUCUGCACUUUGCCCCAGGACCCGUCCAAGACCCACAUCAACUGCCAGCGCAUCCCUUCGUCGUAG